UGGACACGCAAAAUAAAGCUGGUGGAAAGAGCGCGCGGUGACACACUCUCCAAGAAUCACGGGGGCGCGUCAGCCUUCUAAACACAAUGUGAGCUGGCAGUUUUGUUUUGUUUGUUUUUUUGUUUAUUUGCUUGUUUGUUUUAGUUAGAAUGGCCCCAAACCUCACGCGGAUCUCUCAGGGAUGGCAGCUUUUCACCAUCACCAUCAUCACCCUCUGAGCGCGGACCUGCGGAGGCUCUUCCACCGGCUCACCAUCGCGUCCUCCCUCAGCAUCCUCUGCUUCUCCUUGGUUUAUCUCCUCACUGGAUGCUGUCAACCGGAGUUGGCACAAAACGCCGAGGUCGGGCCACCCGUGCGCGAGUUCGUUGCGAAGGGAUGGCCGUACGUGACAAACGGAAGCGGCGCGUUUCCAAAGGAUGGCACGGGCGCGGUUGGCGAAGGCGCGUCCGAAAGUCUUUCCGCGCUGGAGGCGAACAGCUCCGGGAAAGAAUGGACGGCCACGCGGAGGUUACCCCAGGCUCUGAUCAUAGGCGUUAAAAAAGGAGGCACAAGGGCUCUGCUGGAGUUUCUGCGACUCCACCCGGACAUCCGCGCCCUGGGGUCGGAGCCACACUUCUUUGACCGGCAUUACGCACGGGGCCUGGACUGGUACAGAAGUUUGAUGCCUAAAGCGCUGGAAGGCCAGAUCGUUAUGGAAAAGACGCCUCGCUAUUUUGUUGCCAUGGAAACGCCUCCGCGAGUCCAUGCCAUGUCACAGGAUGUGAAGCUGAUAGUGGUGGUCCGUGACCCCGUGACCCGAGCCAUAUCGGACUACACACAGAUUAUCUCCAAGACCCCCGACAUCCCUCCGUUUGAGAACCUCGCCUUCAAAAACCGCACAACGGGUCAGAUCGACUCUCAGUGGAGCCCCCUGUGGAUCGGCCUGUAUGCUCAGCACCUGGAGCGCUGGCUGGCGUGGUUCCCCAGGACUCAGAUCCACAUGGUCAGCGGGGAGAGGCUCAUCUCCGACCCGGCUGGAGAGCUGGGGAAAGUCCAGGACUUUCUGGGUCUCCAGAGGAUCAUUACAGACAAACACUUCUAUUUCAACAAAACCAAAGGCUUCCCGUGCCUGAAGAAGCCGGAGGGAAGCAGUAAGCCUCACUGCCUGGGGAAGACUAAAGGGAGGACACACGCCUCCAUUGACCCGGAGGUGAUGCAGAGACUUCGGGAGUUCUACAAGCCACACAACCAGCGAUUCUAUCAGAUGGCAGGUCAGGACUUUGGAUGGCAAUGACCCACCUGACUGGG